AUGAAGCGCAAGACAGAUGAAACAAGCUCUACUGGAGCAAGUGGGCCACCAGAAUCCAAGAAACGGGCUCUUUCAAGCGAAGAGGCAGCUGCACGCUUUCGCGAUGGCUUGUUUGAUCCUGCGGAGCAGCAGAAGUACACCGAGGCAUAUGCCAAGUCAUCUCCCUAUUUCCACGGUGUCAUUCAUCCAUUAAUCGAGCCCUCCCUUCUGCGAUCUGUUCGUGAUGAAAUCCAAGAACACCUGUCUUUCACCGAGAAAGAGACGGAUAUCUACAAAAUCUUCCAAUCUGGAGAUCUCGCGAACCUCGAUGGGCUGGACGAUGCUUCUCUCUCCAAGCUCCCAUCUCUUCUCAAGCUUCGCGAUGCUAUGUACUCGGCUCGCUUUCGCGAAUACCUGUCCUCUGUUACCGGCUCGGGGAAAUUGAGCGGGCGCAAGACCGAUAUGGCGAUCAACGUUUACACCGAAGGGUGCCAUCUUCUGUGUCAUGACGAUGUUAUUGGAAGUCGUCGGGUCAGCUACAUCCUCUAUCUGACCGACCCUGACGCCCCGUGGCAAGCCGAGUGGGGUGGUGCAUUACGACUCUACCCAACCACAACAGCAAAGGAUGCCAAUGGGGAGGAUGUGAAGGUUCCCAGCCCUGAUUUCAGUCUUUCCAUCCCGCCAGCUUUCAACCAAUUGAGCUUCUUCACUGUGCAGCCGGGCGAAAGUUUUCACGAUGUUGAGGAAGUUUACCACCCUCGCGAAGGCGAGGAUAAGACCAAGAAGCGCGUGCGAAUGGCCAUUAGUGGGUGGUUCCAUAUCCCCCAAGAAGGGGAAGAUGGAUACGAAGAAGGAUUAGAGGAAAAGCUAGCCGAACGAAGCAGUCUGGCCCAACUACAAGGCCGCGCGGAUAUCUACGAUCUGCCUCAGCCACGGCCCGUCUCAUGGGAAGUACCUGAGCACGAAGGCAAGGGCAAGGGCAAAAUGGAAGAGCAGCCUGAAGGCGCUGAGUUUACCGAAUCUGAUCUCGAGUUCCUUGUGCAAUUUUUGGCACCAUCCUAUCUGACCCCGGAUAUCGCAGAGGAAAUGUCGGAAUCGUUUGAAGCCCAAUCGUCACUUAGCCUUGAACGCUUUCUCAACGAAAAAUUUGCUUCCAGGGUGAGUGCAUACAUUGAAGAGCAAGAGAGACAAUUCCUUCCAUCCUCUUCAGAGCAAAUCAAGGCGGAGACCGAGUGGACAGUGGCCCGACCACCCCACAAACACCGCUACCUUUUCCAGCAACCUUCCGAAAAGGAUUCAUCAAACCCAAUCCAGGAAUUGUUGAAUGUUCUCUUCCCGUCGCAGGCAUUCCGAAAAUGGCUUGCCCUGAUUACUGGCGUGGACCACCUCAAGACGCAUGACUUUAUGGCUCGGCGCUUCCGGCGUGGCGCGGACUAUACUUUGGCUAGUGGCUACGACGGCGAAGAGCCACGCAAGCCCGAAAGUGACCCCGCCGAACAUCCUUCGGUGGGCGGCUAUGAGAUAUACAUGGCCGGCGACGAAGAGGAAGAGGAGGAAGACGAAGAGAAUGCGGACCAAGUGCUCAAGCCCAAGAAAGCCAAGGCCGAUCCCGCCAUUUACCGGUCUGCAGGUGCCGAUGAGGAUGACGGUAUUCUUUUCAGUACCCAGGCCGGUUGGAACCGGCUGAGCAUCGUGCUCCGGGACAGCGGCACCUUGAAGUUUGUCAAAUAUGUCAGUGCUGCUGCCAAGGGAGACCGGUGGGAUAUUACAGGUGAUAUCGGAGUGGAAUUUGAGGAUGAUGACGAAGAUGAAGAUGCAGAGGAUGACAUGGAUGAAUGA